CUUAACAGGAUUUUGCACUCGGUGAUACUGAAUGACCUUGAACUUCUGGUACUGAAAUAAUGAUGUGCCACUUUUCUCUGUGAGCUUCUUCUACAAGAGAUUUGAAGUAAGGCUGCACAUGUUGGCAGGACGCUGAAUUUUGUAUGCUAUUGCAGAACUGGACGUAAAUACAUUUUAAAAUUCAAGCUUGUUUGAAACAGGUGCUGUCACGAUGUCCACCGGUUCGGUGAGUGAUCCUGAAGAUCUCCAAGAGCUGUCAAACACUCGUUUUUUAGAAAACUCAGAAGAUGAGUUCAGCAUGGAUGACAGUCUGAAAGGAAAAAGCAAAACAGUCUGUGACAAGAGCAACAAGCGACAAAUGAAGACGGCAAAGGACAGCACAAAGUCUCAAAGAAACGCCGCGAAUGCCAGAGAGAGGGCGCGGAUGAGAGUUUUGAGCAAAGCUUUUUCACGACUGAAGACCAGCCUGCCAUGGGUACCCGCAGAUACUAAACUGUCAAAGCUGGACACGCUACGUCUGGCAUCCAGCUAUAUAUCUCACCUCAGACAGCUUUUACAAGAGGACAGAUACGAGAACAACUUUGUGCAUCCUGUAAACUUGACAUGGCCUUUCGGGGUCUCAGCUCGAUCAGAGGACACCAGAGACAUUUCAGCAGCGAUCAGACUAUGUGGAGCUACAGCAUAAACAUCUGGCACCUCUCUGUCUUUUAUCCUUCAGCCCUCUUUUUUACUGUCUCUGCCUAUGCACUUACUUUGAACUUACAUCAAUGGACAUUACACAGUAAAGACUGCAUUUAGAGCGUACAGGUAGUAACAACAGCAAUGAUUUUAAAGUCUUCAAAGCCUGCCUAUGAAUAUAGAAUUGAAAACUGUGGAGAAAAAAUAUAUGUAUAUCUUGUUAUUUUGAUCAUUGUCAUGUGAUACAGUACUGUACGAUGUUCUUUCUGUAGCAGUCAAAAGAAAAUAUUUGACUCUGGACCACAAAAGCAGACAUAAGUAGCACGGGUAUAUUUGUAACAAUAGCCAACAAUACAUUGUAUGUGUCAAAAAUAUAUAUAUUUUUAUGCCCCAAAUCAUUAUGAUAAGUAAAAAAUUAUGUUCUAUGAAGUUAUUUUGUAAAUUUUCUACUGUAAAUAUUAGGGGUGGCACGGUCCAUGAAAAAAAUCCGAACCGUUCGGUUCGCUUGUCUCGGUUCGUAGCGCGUGUGUGCCGCACGGUUCAUGGCAUGCGCAAUGUAGUCUCAUGCCCUGUAUGUGACCUCAGGUAGCGUGUUUCCCUUUCGCGCGAAAGAAGAGGUGACUGGUUUGGAGUAUAAGUACUGCAGGUUAUGUUACGUGUAGAAAUGGCAAGUGGGAGAGAAAAGGAAGUCUGCCCGCAGUUGGAGGAUGCGCCAGCGUCGUAUAAGUUUGGUGUGGAAACAUAUUUUUAUUUCAUGUUACCUGAUGACAGCGGAAAUAAAACAAUAGAUAGAACUGCAGUCUAUGGGUUGAAUGUGCUCGAACAGCCACAGGAGAUCGCCUUCUCUCCGACCAUUUAUCUAAUCUGAGGUACUGAAAGUUUUACGUCUUUUCGUAUUCAGCGCUAUUUUUAGCCUUUCAUUGAUAAAAUUAAAGCGGCUGAUUUCCGCGUAGUUUCAUUUUGCUAGCGUGUGAAAGUUGCGCGAUCUUAUUUCAGAAAUUUCCCCUCAAAGUAAUCAGGACAGAAGUGGUCAAAAGUGGACAAAAGAGACUUAAAGAGAUUUAAAUAUUACAGGUGCAAAGGUUAUGUUUCUCUCUCGUCCACAU